AAUAUAAACCGCGGCCGGUGUGUAGCGCGACAUUGUCCACUUCAACUACAAUCAAAAUGGUCGCCAAGGCUCUACUCAUCCUUUGCGCUCAGGCACUCCUCUUCCAGAGCAUCCCUGCGCAAUGUUUGGGUGUUUUGGAGACGUUGACUGCUCCCUGCGCUGCUGCCCCCUUGGUAGCUGCUCCCUGUGGUUGGGGCUGCGCCGGUCCCGCCUCCGCUUUGGCCGCAUCAAAUGGACCCGGGCUGGCCAUCUCCAGCGCCUCUCCAAUCUCCCCGGUCGGCGUGUCUGUAGCCUCUGAGAACGCGAUCGAUGGUAUCCUUGCCGUUUCUGGAGCAGUGCCGUUCCUGGGCACCGUCGGUCUCGAGGGAGUGCUGCCCACCGCCGGCGCCGGUAACGUGGCCUACAACUGCGGCAGCGGCGCCGUCGCUAUCACCGCGGAGGACAUCCUCGCCGCUCCUCUCGGCCUCGGUGUUAGUCCUCUCGGCAUCGGUGCCCAGUCUCUUGGCCUCGGUAUCAGUGGACCCGGUCUCGGAGUCGGACCUCUUGGAGUUGGCCUCGGAGCCAUCGGUUGUGGUUGCAACGCAAUCUUGUAAAAUAAUUGGUCUAACUAGAUUUAGUUUUCUCAAAUAAAAAUCAUUGUUAUA